AUGGCCACUAUUGAUAUUGAAACUCCCCCUAACACGACGAGGAUUUGCAUUGGCGCCUUGACGCACUCCAACACGCCUUCUGAAAUCAGUGUUGAAGCGCGAUGGACUUCUGGGUCUGCCACGUAUGGUGCAGAUUUCGUCGGGCAGGAUGGGAAAUAUGAACUCUUCGAUUAUUUUAACAGGCCAUUUAUCCCUGAUGGCAUUGACCCUUCUAUCAAAAAGAUGACCGUUAAUUUUAAAUUCUCAAUUGCGGGUGAUCUCAAAAGAACUGAGACCCCUUUUCGUUAUAUUCCAGGCAAAAGCGUCCAGGUCACUGGAUACGACAAAGAAAACAACCCUACUGUUGUGACAAUCCAAUAUAACUGUCACCAGUCUGAUUCACAAAUGUAUAAAAAGCAACAUUUCCCUGAGCUAUCCAAAGCCAACGUAAUAUAUGGGUUCGAACGUCGGUAG